AUGGCUCCGUUACACCCCGAAAGGAUCAAACGCCGAUUCCUCAACAAAGGAAAGGAAACCGCCCCACCUGCCCAAGACCCAACGGCAGCACCCGUUCAAGAGUUACUUCCAAUAGUCCAAGUGCCAGCUACCGCCCGAUUGCAGGGAUACAGGCCCCGAAACACCGCGCUCGCACACCAACUUAAUUGUGCACGGAGCGAACUAAUCAUCAAGGCGGCGGUGGAGGAAGCGGAAACAGACUCUAGCAUAUUUUUCCUACUAUUACAAGAACCAUGGACCUCAACAGAGGGAUACCCACCAGAAUCAAAUCUCUUUUACCUUUUUACAGCCAGCAACACCAAUACAAAAUGCGCAACAUAUGUCCGCAAACAUGCCAACCUUAAACCAAAACACCACUAUACAUACGAUAACUUUAUAGUAUCGAUUACGGUAGAAAUCCAGACCAAGAAAACCCAAAUCCUAAACAUAUACUCCUCAGGGCGAAGUGGCCCCUUUGCCCAAAUAGCAAACACAAUCCAAACCCUCGAUAAUUGCCUAGUAAUGGGAGACUUCAACUGCCACCAUCAAAUGUGGUAUGGAGUAACCUCAUAUGAAUACAGGAACAACAUUCGAGCAGACCGCGCCAACGGAGUCUAUACGCACUUCCCUAGAGAUAGAGGGAAAAGGCCCACAAUCAUCGACCUGACAUUUGUAAAAGGCCCAGUACUUGACCACAACCUACGAUGGAGCACUGAACCCUAUGGAGUGGGCUCAGACCACGGGAAAACCUCUGUCCAUCUACACUUGGAAAAACCACCCUUUGUACCAAGACGAAUGUGGCAACAAACAGACUGGAAGCUAUUGGAUAACCACAUAUCAAAUCUUUCCCUCCCUGCAGAAGCAUGGGAAACCAAGGAACAUACGGAACAAACUGUCGAAUUCUUCCUAGAACUGGUCAAGUCAAUAAUCAAUAUAGUAACGCCACUCUCGAAGGAGGGGGUAAGAGCCAACUCCUGGUGGUCAGACGAAAUGAAACAAAUGAAGGCAAGGGUAAACUCGGCAGAGAGGAAGUGUUACGGGCAUGCCAA